AAAAUUCCGCGCCUCAACUCUAAACAAUCUCCACAGAGGUGAAAAAGCUCUGAAAAGUAGCCCCGGUAUAAAUUAACGGCGACCUGGAUCGCGGCUGCAAUUUCCUUAUCGUUCGACUGUGAGAUCCGCGACGCUCCAGCAGAGAUGUCUUACGCCGUGUUCGCUGUCUUGGCCUGCGUGGGCAUGGCCCUCGCCGAAAUCCCGUUGGACUACCCGGAGGCCGACUACAGGACCCCGUAUACUUCUUCCUACUCGUACCCUCUCAGCACAUCUUACUCGUCGUACUCCUACCCGGUUUCGAGCUACUCCUCUUACUCGUCGUACCCUGCUUACAACGACGGACGGAUCUACUCUACCAGCUACUACCCGGCUUCAUCUUACUCCUACUCGUCCUACUCCAUCGGGAAACACGCCGGAUCCCACAGCCCUUGCGCCGCCCCGGUCCCAGAGAUCAAGCCUGUCACCGUCCAGUCCCAGCACCCAGUCCCGUACACCUUCGGGCUCCCUCUCACCCCUAAGGUGCUUGAACACCACUCAGCCCCGCAAAUGAUCAACUACUAUGCCCAGCCGUACGUUGUGAAACACCACCAGAGCGCAGUCCUCCACGCCUACACUCAGAAACCUGUGAUCGUCGACAACUACGAGCAUCCUCAAGUUCAUGAGCUUGAAGGACCCCAAGCCGUCAUCGUCGAAGAAGUCUGCCCCCCAGGACACGGCGCUGCCAUCUCCCCCGUCUCCGCCCAUCCUUGCAAAUAAUUUCGAAAUUCCCUCCUUUGUGAGUAAUUGACCACAAGUGUAUAAAGUCGUUGUCUUGUUAAUGUUCCUCAGAUCUGAAUACAACUGUUAUUGUUUUCAAUAAGA